AUGCGUGCCCAACAGCUCCUCGCUCUCGCCGGUCUCAUCCUCGCCGGCAACGUCGCAAUCGCUGCCAAGGUGGAACAAGACGACGUUCCAAACCGCUGCUGGGAUGCUUGUGGCCCUGUAGUCGGAGUCUCCCGACGCUGUGAUAAUCAGCACGACAACGACCGUGCUGAAUUGCAGUGUAUCUGUGAUUGGGAAGCAGCCAAGACACAGAUUCCUCUUUGUGCUGCCUGUAUCACCCAGUAUGGUCACCACGACAAUGACCGUGAUGAUGAUGACCACGACGAUGAUGAUGAUGAUAACGAGGCCCUUGACCUCGUCCGCUCAUGCAGAUUCACCACGACUUCCUACAACGCUGCUGCUGCCACCACUCUGAGUGCCACGGCCACCGGUACCACUGACCCCGCAGCAGCGAGUGCUACCGCUACAGCAAGUGCUGGUCCAACCUCCAGCACUGGCUCUACUAGCAGCCCGUCGCAAACCUCGACCGGAUCUACAGGGGGUGCUGCCACUGCCAGUCCGAGUCCCGGUGCAGCGGCGGGCAGGACUGGCCCAGGUGUUGUUUCUCUGGUUGCAGUCGCUGGUCUCAUGCCUCUUGCCUGGCUGUAG